UGUUUACAAUCCAUAUUUGGGCGGCAGGAGCUUCAAGACCUGAAGAUUGUGGUGAUCACACGUUCAUUUGCGGCAUCAAUCAUCUGCGAGCUCAGACUGCCGAUAUUUGAAAAAAGUUGGCGACGAUCAUCGGCCUCGGGGGUGUUUAAGCGCGAAGCUGUUACGUACGAGCGAUACAAUGCUCUGCUGAGGCUGGCUUGCGCGGAUGUACUCCUCUUCGACUUAGCGCAACUGGUUCACGAGCUGAUUGUGCAGUUUCAACGAAUUCCCGACGACGUGACGUUGGGUCCUAUGUUCCGUCAAUUGGAGAGAAACUUUGAGGGAAUUGACGGCACCCACCAAAUAGCGCUGACAACCUUCUGGCAGGCGCAGACGGAGGAGCAGGGUCUAUCUUGGGUCAAAGCGCAGCUCACUUACCGGAAAGUCAGCAUCGCCACUCUGCAGACCAUUCUUUUGCGCCCUAAUCAAUAUUCCACACUGCCAGUGAAAUAUGCGUUCGCUGAGUAUGGCGGUGAUGAGACUUCUCGGCUCCUAGCAUCAACGAUUCCGCAUCUUCUACGAAAACGCACAGCUGGAUACUUGGUUCGGGCAUUAUGUAACGUCAAGGGAGGCCUUGCCUGGCAGCACGAAGCUCUCAAGGUGGCCCGCGCUGCGGUGAAAGCUUACGAUUUUACUUCAUUGGAUCUCGGGCCCGAAAUUUGGAAGCUACAGCCAAAUCAAAACAAGGGUGGCAUGAGCAUCUCACGAGACGAGAGACCGAAUUCUGUCCUUGCGUGUCAAAAGACCAACGGAUCAAAUCUCCAAGCUCAACGCCACAAGUCGGGACCGCCUGGAGCACGGGUGACUUUGCUCACAGAGCCCGUGACAUGCUUGGGCGUGGACAGCUACAGCGACGCAGGAGAAUGCGCGGUAAUUUUCAAGGCAAAUGUCCCUUGCGCCUGCACGCUUUCCGACAGUAGACAUUUUGUCAGCAGCGAGUGCUUGGACCUCGCAACUGACCCUCUGAAGGAUUUCAGCGGCAUCGACGAAAGCAAGGCCGACGAGAACUACACCGGGAUCGAACCCGAGGAUCAUGAAUCUGCACGGCGAAACUUCUUUGACCUUUGUCCUGCCAAUACCAGCAUAUUUCCCCGACCGUUGCGCGUGGCUCCCCACCUUUUCUCGCAACUUCCCGGCAUCUCGGCGAGCGCGCGCCGCGAAGCCGCUCACGCUCUGCCUGUGCAGCUCCUCGACCUCCAUGAAGCGCGCGGCACAAGGUGGGGCGUCGAACGAGAAGACUCUAGACGCCACAACCCGAAGCCUCCUCUGCAGAAGACGGUAGAAGCCAUUGCGAAUGGAGACGAAAGGUACGCGCGAAACACGUUCAUUACCCCAGGUGAAGGGUUAGGGUCCAAUCUCUCCCCCACAGAGCUUGCUUAUGAUGUGGUCUUGAAACAUACUUUGGCUUCAGGUCGGGAGGCCGAGGCAACAGCUUUGUAUGACAAAGGAGCGAUUCCCACAGCAGAACAUCUCCGUAUACUGCAACAUUUUGGCCACAGUGUACCAGACGGGUUCUUCUCUCGAAUUCUGAAGGGGGCUCCUUUCCGGGUCGAGCACUCGGCUGAGGCAGCUUCUGAUACCCCGCCCCCAGCAGUGGAACCGGCGUCAUCCGACUGCUACGCAGUCAUUGACGAGAUGUGCACAAGUCACGAAACUGGUCUGAUUGAGAUCAGCGGGAUCUACGACAGACUCAGCGUCACGAGAUGUACGGCGCAAGUUUCCGAAAGAGUGUUGCCCUUCGCAAAAGCAGCGUCUGAAGCUGCAGUCCGGAAUGUCUCGAACCUUUCUGAAGAACACUUGUCCAGAGAAAUCCAAGCUCACACUGCUGUGGCUGCGGAGGCUCUAAAGGCGAAAGGACUCCCGGCAGGAGUUCGAGUACCCAUGGAGUCGCCGCCACCAGAGUCUGAGGAUGAGCUGAUGGCGGACGCGGUCCCGGACACUAACGGCGCGAACCCGCAUCUAUGGGGAUUCCAUGAUGGAAAACCGUUCAACAUGUCGCGAACUGAUGCAGCCGAGCUUCUUCUGUCUCUGGACGCCUGGCUCAAGCACCUCUCCUUCUGCGAAGGAGUUGAGCGCCGUCGCACCAGCCUCUUGAUUGUCGGAUCGCCGGACGGUACAACGACGCCAAGGAAGGCGCACUUCAGGGGUCAAGGGAGUAAAACGAGCGCAAACACGGCAUUCUUCAAGAGCCUGAUAGCUGGGAUGCAAAACAUUGGGCGCUGGAGGCGCACUCUGGAGGAUGUCUUGGCCAACGAAGACGAAGAGAAGCGACCGCUCCUCAUUGAUUUGACUGGACUCUGGCUUGAGAUUCGGCAGGAAUAUUCGAAGGAGGAUUUCCACAACAUCGUCGAUCGCACAGAGCGCCUCAUUGCAGGGAAGAACGUGUCACCUCGACCUAGGCGCCGUGGCCAACUUGGCAAAAAGCCGCAAUGGUUCCCUGAGGAGAAGGAGGCGAUGGACCCGACCUACCAACCUAGCGAGCCCUCUGGCUCAGGAAGUGAUUCGGAAAGCGAUUCGGAAAGCGAUUCGUCAAAUGACGUUAAAGAAGCUGCUCCACCAGGCGAAGUCGCAAGCGACAUGAAGAUCGAAUGAAGCUAGAUGUCGAGAUCAUCAUGUCUAGGCUGGAAGGAACGCACCUUCUUGGUGAGCAGCGUAAAACAUCGAGGGGAGGGAGGAGUCACGACUAGAUGCAAAACAAAGAGAAAAACACUGCAAGAAGCUCAGCGAUCAGUGACACAACAAGGCGAUCUAGAUACCUCGGCACAAGUUCACGUGACCCUGAAAUUUUGCUCUCGAGGAAAGCUGGCCGAUGGGCCAUGCGACUCCGCAAAAAAGAUGCACGUACGACUCAUCAGGAAUGCGUCUGCUCAAUCACGUGUGGGCAAGCGUGCAUCAGGCGCUAGGACUCUUGACUGUGCACGAGAGACACUCGCGGGCAUCCAUGUGAUGUGACUGCUGCUCGUAUCGCGAACGUGCG